CAACUACACGGCCCUGCUGGGAGUGUGGAUCUACGGCUUCUUCGUGCUCAUGCUGCUGCUCCUGGAUCUGCUCUACUACUCGGCCAUGAACUACGACAUCUGCAGGGUGUACCUGGCGCGCUGGGGCAUCCAUGGACGAUGGGUGAAGCAGGACCCCCGGCGCUGGGGGACCCCUGCUCGGGCCCCCCGGCCGGGGCCGCCCGCCCCCCAGCCGCAGCCGCCUCCGGGAGCCCUGCCUCGAGCCCCCCGGGCCGUGCACACGCCGCGGGGAGACCCCCACAGCCCACCGCUGAUGACCUCCCAGAGCUCGUCCGCCUGAAAGCCCUUUUGCCUCAGGAUGGGGGCGGCGAGACCCGGAGCAGCCGGCGCAGCCUCCGAGAAGAGCGGCUUCUGCAGAGACGCCGGGGAGCGCCGUGGCGGUGGCAGCGGACGGCGGGUGCCUGGCGCCCCAGACUCCCCCCCACGGACUCCUGAGCCCGGAGCACGGGCAGGAGGCGGAGCCCCCCGGCCACAAGCAAUAGUCUGUCCUCUCCUGGGCUGGGGGCUCGCUGCCACCCUGGAACCCGCUGCCUGCACGCGUGGCCCGCGGGCGUGCGCACCUGUGACUCCCGGUGUGCGUUCUGUGCGCUCGGUCCCUUGGGUGGGUUUAGCGGAGCUCCGUCCGUCAGGUCCCCUGGGGGGGCACAGGUCACCGUGCGGCUGGCAGCUGCGGCCGGGGUCUGAGGCUCACGCUGCUGCUUGCGACGGUCGCUGACGGGGCUGGCUGAGCGAGGGUGCAGGCUGGCCGCGCCACGGGGGCCUGGGGAGGAGAAGGCAGUCAGGGUGUCCCUGUGGCAUUUGUCCCUGUGAUGACAGGGGCUCCCAGGGACGGGGAGGAGCCCCAGGCCGGCGCCCCACGCUCUGUCACACCAUCUGGGCAGGGCAGCUCCUGGAGGAGUGACAGAGCAGAGGAGGGGUGCCCAGGCUCUUACAGCCACGAGGCGGCCAACCCCUUGGUCUGACCGCGGCAGGGACGGGACGUGCCCCCCAGCCCAGGGCCCCCAGCUCCGUCCCCGGAGCCUCUCUCCGAUGCCUUCCCGCGGGGGCCGCCCCCGAGCUGUCACUGCCCGGAGCCCAUGUCCACUCGCGCCUGCUGCGUGGCGCGGGGCCCAUGCUGGCCAGGGGCCCAGGUGAAGGACAGGACAGGCCUGUCUCUGGGGAGCUCCCCGCCUGGCGUGAGACACACACGGGCAUCUCUGCAGACGAGGCAGCGAGGGUGCUGGAAACCCUGAGCAGAAGGUUCUAGAAAUCCAUCCCCUUUAAGGCGGGAUUCCACAGGGCCCGCUGCCCACCUGCUGCCCCGGGGCACACACGCAGCAGGACAUCCCCAGGAAGUGACCUCAUCGGGUCCCCGUGCUGCCAGUGUAGACACACUCCUGCCACCAGUGUUAGCGACACCCGGUGCCCGGCUCAAUAAACACGUAUCCACUCCA